AUGGAGCAACAGAACCCACACGAGUUCAUACUGGACGUCUUCGCCGACCCGGCGUCCGUCCACGACGUUGUCAGAGCCAUACUGCACACCAUCUUUUUCCACCGCUUCUUCCCCUCCAUCACCCCGCACUCGCGCGAAGUCCUCGACAUCACCCUGCCCUUUGUCCAAGACCAGGAGCUCGAUACCAUGAUCGAGAAGCGCACCGCCGAGCUGGAGCGCGAGCUCAGCGCCGAGAGGACGCACGCCCCGCACUCGGCCGCCGCCGGCGGCAGGGGCAACAUAUCCAUACAGUUCUUUGAGAAGAAGCGCAGGAAGACCUGGUACAUGCGCGCCGCGUAUGGAGGCGGCGAUGAGGAGAUCUGCUGGGAGGCUUGGACCGUCAAGGUCACGGUUGCGGAGCCAAGGACAGAGAGCGAAAGGGCAAAGGUCAGAAAAGCCAUGGAACAGACACUGCUUACCACCGUCAUGAAAAUCAUCACAUCUGUCAACCAGAACAAAGACCAUAUCCCGCCCAUCACCACGAGCGAGUCGAACCCCUUCCCAUACCAGAUCAGUGUCAAUCAAAAGGAUGCCGGCUGGGCCAAACGAAUAGGCAUUUACUAA